AUGAGGGAAUAUGAAGCAUUGAGACACAUGACAAAAUUCAGCGGUAGCGAAAUAAUAUCUCCCCAAUAUUUCAUCCCACACCACUGUGUGCUACGUCCAGACAGCUCAACAUCAAAACUGCGAGUUGUAUUUGACGCAUCAGUACACAAAUUAUCAGGGCCAUCACUAAAUGACAUAAUGUUUAAUGGUCCAAAAGUUCAAGACGAACUGUUUUCGAUUUUGCUCAGAUUUAGAAUGCACAAAUAUGUUUUAAAAACUGAUGUGGAAAAAAUGUACCGUCAAAUAUGGGUUAACAAAGAUGAUCGAAAUCGGCAACUCAUAAUGUGGCGAGAAAAUCCCACAGAACCACUUAAUUAUCAGUUAAACACAAUUACUUAUGGCACAAGAGCAGCGCCAUAUUUAGCAACACGCUGUUUAACAAAAUUGGCGGAUGAAUAUCAAGGAAAUUAUUUAUAUGGUGCCACAUCUUUAAAAAGGGAUUUUUAUGUUGACGACGGUCUCAUAGGAGCUGAUACCAUCAACGAAGCGUUACUAAUUCAACAACAAUUAAUAACGAUUCUAGACAAGGCUGAAAUGAAACAACCCAAAAUUUUACAUGGAAUCGCUCCAGAAGAUCAAGAAGUAAAUCUCAAUUUUGAUUCCAAGGAAACCCAAUUCACAAAGACGUUGGGUCUUUUAUGGUUACCAAAGUCAGAUUCAUUUCGUAUCAAGGUUAACAUUCGAGAGCAUAGUCACACAACAAAACGAUCUAUGAGCUUCGAUUUGGCACACAUAUAUGACCCCCUGGGUCUUAUUGGUCCAAUCUUGGUCACCGGUAAAAUCUUGUUGCAAGGAGCAUGGCAGCUAAAACUCGAUUGGGAUGAUGAUCUUCCGUCAGAAAGAAGGGGUAAUACGUGUUGGCGGACGGCUAAGCUCUUCAAGACUGCAGUUUGA